UUUCGUCUUUCCACCUCCAUAUCAUCGAUUACCGCCAUAUUGAAUGAUAUACACAGUUAAUGACCCUUCACUCUACGCACUAAACCCAACUUGUUGAUCGAAAACCCUAAUCGUUCAUUGAAAUCUUGCAUUUGAUCAUCAACCGCAAUCGUAAGUUUGAAUCCACGAGUAUGGUCCAAAUGUGGGAAAUCAGGCCAAGAAAUCAGUGUUUUGAUGCAAUCCGAAUUUACGAAGGAUAUCCCACGAUGUUCACUAUUGAGCUCCAUCAUGGAGGGAGGUUCACAAAAUUCCCAGGGAUAAGCUACAUUGAAGGAAAAUUAGACCACAUUGACUUGGUAGACAUGGAUGAGUUCUCUGUGCAUGAGUUGGACGAGGUGAUGCUGAAGCUUGGUUAUGAUGUACCACCAGUCAUUUACUACCACUAUCAAUUGCCAAAUGGAGAUUUGGAGUUUGGUCUUAGAGCUCUAGGGAAUGAUAUUGAUGUACUUAGUCUUGCACAGUACAUUGAACAUCAUAAGAUCAUCAAGGUAUACACUGAACAUAAUGAAACUAAGUUACUUACAUACUUUAUGUCUCCAAGAGUUAAACCUAGGGUCAUAAUUGAGGAAAUAGCAGAUGAUGUGCCCACUGCAACUGUUGGUGAUCAAGAUGUCCCAAAUCUUGAAUUGUGUUUAGUAAGAUAUGAGACACCCGAAUACAAUUCAAAUAAGAGAUUGAGGUUAGUUGAUGGGAGUCAAUCAUGUAGUAAGAAAUUGUGUUUCAACUUGGAACACACUGCAACUGUUGGUGAUCAAGAUGCACAUGUUGAAAUUGGUAAUGAAGGUGCAAAUAUUAGUGAGCAAGGUGCAACUGUUAGUGGUCAAGAUACACAUGUUGAAAUUGGUAAUGAAGGAGCAAAUGUUAGUGAUCAAGGUGCAGCUGUUGGUGAUCAAGAUACAGGAGUUCAUGAUCAAGGUGCAAAUGUUGGUGACCAAGAAGUAAAUACAAGAGAGUUUGAUACCUUUGAUGACCAACCAUUUCAAUUUGAAGACUUUGAUCCUUUCUUUGAUCAAUAUACUUUUAAUGAUGGUAAUGAUCAGAGUAUGGGUGUUGGUGCAAAACUUGGCACAGGACUAGGGGAAGUUCAAUUUGAAAGUGAGGGAGUUUGUGAAGGACUUGGUGAAGGAGGUAGUGAAGGGGGUAGUGAAGGGAGUGAGGAAGACAGUGACUUUCUUGAAGAUGAAGAAAACUAUGUAAGUGAUAUUGAGGUGGACAUGAGUGAUUUCUAUAUGAAUGUUGAUCUAGAUGUUGAAUAUGUUGACAGAGGAAAAGGUGUUGAGACUGAAAAUGAAGUUGUUGAUACAGAAGAUGUUGAAGAUGUUGAAGUAAUUGAUAAUGAUGAAUGGGACUCAUUAGGUGAAGAUAGUGAUGAUGAAAGAAGGAAAGCAAUAUUAAAACAGAUGGUGAAGGAGAAGAAGUGCUCUCUUGGUGAAGUCCAUACAGUUACUUUUCAAGUGGGUCAAAAGUAUAAAAGUAAAAAGGAAAUUAAGGACAAAGUCAACAAACUUGCCAUUGAGACUAGAAGGAAUCUUGGCUUCAAGAAAAACGACAAAACAAGGCUUAGGGUUGUGUGUAAAGGUAAUGUACCUAAUGUAAAUGCAAGUGGGGUAGGUAAGGGCAAUAAAUUAAAUUGUUCUUGGUCAAUGCAGACUUCACGGUCAAAAGAUAGUGAUUAUUGGUAUGUGAAAACUUUACUGGACAAACAUACUUGUGUUCAAACUAGAAAACUUAGGGCUUGCACUGCGAAGUAUAUAUCUGCAGAAAUCUUAGACAUGGUCGAGUCUAACCCUACAGUACCCCUUCGAAGCAUUCAAGAGCAAGUUCAGAAGAGGCUUCAAGUUGGUGUGUCCAUACACAAAGUACAGAGAGCAAAAGCAACAGCUACAAAGCAAGUGAGUGGUGACUACACAAAGCAAUACGAGGUGUUAAGAGAUUAUCUUAUGGAACUACAAGCAACUAAUGUGGGUACAACUGUGAAGCUUGAGGUUGUUAAUGAGCCUAACAGUACUAGAGAAACAAGGCAGUUUAAAAGGGUGUAUAUUUGCUUAGGGGCAUUAAAGAAAGGGUUUAAAGCAGGUUUAAGAGAUAUUCUGGGACUAGAUGGUGCUUUUAUGAAAGGACCCUUUCCAGGCCAAGUACUCACAGCAGUUGGAUUGGAUUCAAACAACGGCAUAUACCCACUUGCAUAUGCCAUUGUUGAGACUGAAAAUAUGAGUAGCUGGAAAUGGUUUCUAGAAUGCUUGGGAGAUGACUUAGAGUUGUACUCAAAUUCUAACUUUACUUUCAUGAGUGAUAGACAAAAGGGACUCUUACCUGCUAUUGCACAACUAUACCCAUAG